AUGAUUGUUCGAAAGUCUAUUUAAAGGUGUUAUAGUUGUGCAUCACUGCAGAAAUAAGUACAAAAUUGCAUCACUUGGCAGCACUGAAUUUUUUUACAAAGCAAAUGGCAGUACUGCCGCAAAUUUUUGCAAACGACGACAUUUUAGUUUUCGAUGCAAUUUUGUAGAACAAAUAAGCUAAAAUAGAUGACAAUAAAUUAUACAUUGAAAUGUAUGAUGUUAAAAUGGAGAGUUCCGACGAAGAUGUUGCAUUUAGCACGACUCUAGAAUUAAUAAUAAGAACCCGGCUGGACAUGGAACCAGAGUUCCAGGAAGGAAGAAAAAAGAAAACCAUCUUAUGGGAAAGGGUACUGUCAAAAAUUAAAGAAACUCAACCGGAUUUUAAAAUGACAAAGGAUCAAAUAAACCGUAAAUUUUUAAAUUUAAUGACAACUUAUAGACGAAUAAAAGAUCGUGGUAGUAAGACAGGUCGAAAUGCUACUUCCUGGGAAUAUUUCAAAAUGUUUGAUGAAGUUUAUGGUAAAGGAUACUGUGGAAAACCACCACCCUUAAGAAAUUUGCGGAAAAUUUAUGAUCCCUACAUUAAGGAAACUAAAGAAGUGGCCGUUGAAAAACCUCAGCCAAACAUACUACCAACGCCUAGUGAGCGCUGUGAAGAUGUUAUCUUUGGUGAACUUGUAUCAGCAAUGUUAAAGCGUAUGAAUGAGGAUAAGAAAAAGCAUGCGAAAAAAGAAAUAAUGAAUCUUUUAUGUUCAUAAGUAUUAAAAUAUUAUAAAUUUUAACAGAUUUUUUCUUAAUAAAAUGAAUUUAUUUUAAAGUUCUUUUUUU